AUGAGCGGAGUGGCUGCUGCAUCUGGAGGCUAUUCAGGUUCCGCCUACGGAGGCCGUAGUGGUCCUCCACCUGCUCGUUCUCUCGAGGAUCGCGCCGUUGCCAAGGAACAAAUGAUGCAAUCAGUCCGUGAAUCGUCCCAGCAAGACCGCCGGGUCUAUGUUGGCAACUUAUCUUACGAUGUCAAAUGGCAUCAUUUGAAAGAUUUUAUGAGACAGGCUGGAGAAGUUCUCUUCGCCGAUGUCUUAUUACUUCCGAAUGGAAUGUCGAAGGUGGGCGUCAUUGUGAUUGUGGAAUACGCAACGAGGGAGCAAGCUCAGCAGGCUGUUGCAACGCUCAGUAACCAGAAUCUUAUGGGCAGACUCGUAUACGUCCGCGAAGACCGAGAGGCAGAACCUCGUUUCACAGGGCCACCCCAGCGUGGCGAUUUCGCAGGCGGCAGAGGCGGAUUUGGGGGCCCUGGCAGUGGCCCUGGUGGUGGUGGCCGCCAGAUCUAUGUUGCUAACCUUCCCUACAACGUUGGCUGGCAGGAUCUGAAGGACCUUUUCCGCCAAGCUACACAGCAAGGCGCCGUCGUCCGUGCAGAUGUCCACAUGGAUGCCUCUGGCCGUCCAAAAGGAUCUGGCAUUGUUGCCUUUGAAAGUCCCGAUGAUGCCCGCAAUGCUAUUCAGCAAUUCAAUGGAUAUGAAUGGCAAGGCCGUCUACUCGAAGUCCGUGAAGACCGUUAUGCUGGCUCUGCCGGUUUCCCUGGCCGUGGUGGUUUUGGCGGUUUUGGCGGUCGAGGUGGAUUCGGUGGUCGAGGCGGCGGUUUCGGGGGCCGUGGGGGCUUUGGAGGCUAUGGAGGUGCAGGUGGCAGAGGAGGGUUUGGUGGUGCUGGGUUUUCUGGACCUGGAAGUGCACACGAUGGUGCUGCUGCCGCUUCCAUUCCUGCUAACCCAUUUACUGAUUAUGCCACAUAUGGCGGAGAACGAGGUAUCUCGAUAUACGUCCGCAACCUUCCAUGGUCUACCUGUAAUGAGGACCUUGUCGAGCUGUUCUCUACUAUCGGGAAAGUUGAACGUGCUGAAAUUCAGUAUGAGCCAAACGGCCGCUCCCGUGGUACCGGUGUCGUCCAGUUUGACACCGCAGAUAAUGCUGAGACUGCAAUUAGCAAGUUUACUGGUUAUCAAUAUGGUGGUCGUCCUCUUGGCUUGUCUUUCGUCAAAUAUGUCAACCCAGGACAGAACCAGGCUCAGGCCCCAGGCCCAGCAACCACCGAUCUCAAUGGCUCUAGCGAAGCUGCCCCAAUUACUCAGGACCAGAUCAUGUAA